AUGAUUAAAAAUAAAAUAUUUUCUAUUUUUUUUUUUGUAAUAAUUUUUUUAAUUAUUUUUGUAAAUGGAAAAGAGUUCACCCUUUUUGAUUUAAGUGAAACCCAUAAAUUCUAUACAACAAAAACUAAUAUUUGCUAUACAGUUUUUAUUGUUCUUGCUACAAAUUCAACGGAACCAAUUAAUAAUUUGAAUUCUGGAAUUGGUUGUUCUAUUUCCAGUCAAAAUAAUACUGCAACUUUAUUUACUUGUACAAGUUACGUUUAUGUUGGGACUAAUCAAAUAAACUUUUCUGUAAAUAAUGAUAUAUUAAAAGAUAAUUUAACAAUUGAUUUUAAAUGUAAAGGUUUUCAAGUAAAUUCAUAUAUCAUUAUUCAAGAUGUGACAUGGAGUUCAAUAUUAAAAUUUUCAUCAAUCUUUAAAUUAGAAGAUUUUCCUGAUUCUAUUAGUAUCAGUGAAUUCUAUGAUUCUACUUUAUUUAAAAUAACAUCACUUGGUCAAAGUAUGUUUCGUAUAAAGUAUACAGAAAAAAUUUAUAUUUACAUAUUUAUUAUUUAUUUUUUUGUUUGCUUAUAUUUAUAUUUGGAAUAUAUUGGUAGAAAUACAAAUUCACAUGAAAUUUUAAAUUUAAAACAAAAUCCAUUGGGAAGUGCUUCAGUUGAGGGCGAAUUUUUAGGAACUAUUAUAACAUUCCAAUCAAGUUCAUUAUUACAAAGAGUUGUAUACCCAGUAGUAAUUUUAAAUCAAGGAAUUUAUUAUUACUCUAUUUCAAAACCGAUUUAUGGUAAUUUAGGUAAAAUGACUUAUAUUUGUUUUGUCCAACCUAAUUCUGAAAAAAGAAAUGAUACACUCUUAAGAAGAAAAGAAGAUUCAACAUUUGAAAGUUUUGAUUUUAAAACAAAUUUAAAAUUGAUUGGAGGAUCACCAAUUCCAAGUUCAAGUUUUUAUAAUGUUCCAAUUGAAAUUGAUAUAAUGAAUAUGUUUAGUAUAGAGGAUACUGUAGGAGUAGCACCAUAUAAUCAUGAAUAUAAUCAAUUCUAUAAUGGAAAUCAGAAAUAUAAAGGUUCUGUUGGUUUAGAUAUAUCUGUCACAGCAUUAAAUUCAAAUAUUGAAUUAUCAAUUCCACAAAUAAUAGAUUCUAAAGUUAUCUUUCUAACAGAAUUUAAUUCUAAUAAUUUUACAAUUACUCCAACCAUUUAUAAUUUUCAAUUUUCAACCCCAACCCCAACUCCAACUCCAACUCCAACCCCAUCAACACCAACACCAACUAAUAAACCUCAAAUUUGUUUAGGUAAUCCAGUAUGUAGUAGUUCGGAACAAGGUUAUUGUAAAGAAAAUGUAGGUGAAGAUAAACUGACUACAGUUAUUGAUAAUAGCAAUAAUAAUUCUAGUAAUGUUAAUAAUAAUUAUCAAGUUAAAAGUAAUAUAUCAAUUAUAGCAAUUAGAGAAGUAAAUUCAAUCAAUGGUGAACAAGUUAAAAUUCAUUAUAUUGAUAAAUGGUAUUAUAAUAGUAUUUCAUCAACAAUAUUAAAUUAUCAAUCAACAAUUAUUAAUAAUAACAUAACAACAACAAUUAAUGUAACAUUAGAAUGGUUUGAAAAAAAAAGUAAUAUUACAUUUGCAAAUCAAGAAUUAAUAAUGAAUCCAUCAACAAUUAAAUAUACAGUAGAAUUAUCAUCAUAUAAAUUCUCAAAUAAAUUAAAUAAUUUACAAGUUAUAAUUGAAGCUCAAAUUCAAUCAAAUGAAAAUGAUAUUUGUUCAGGUAAAGAAUUUGGUGAUACAACAUUAGAUAAUUCAAAUUAUAUUAAACUUCAAGUUUCAAGUAAUAGUAUUUAUGGUAGAUUUUUAAAACGUGGUAUUGUUGAUGGGAAAAUAGUAACAAUCACAAAUGAAUUAUUAGAUUCAAAAUUAAAUUCAAUAUCAAAUGAAAAUAAUGUGCAAUCGUAUAUUGGUAUUGUGGUUGGUCAAUAUGAAACCUCUGUAACUAUAGAUCCUGAUUUUUCACUUUUAUUAGAUAACCAAGCUGUAAAUUCUAAUUCUCCAAAUUCAAUUUGCUCAUCAUCCGAAUCAUCUUUAACUAAAGGUCAAUUAGCUGGUAUUAUCGUUGGUUCUGUUAAAGUAAAAUCAAAUGGUAUUAGAUUUAGUUUAGAAUCAUCAAGUGGAGAGACAGGUUCAACAAUUGAUGAUAAUAUAAAUAAUAAUAGCAAUGAAAAUGGAAAUCAUGAAAAUAAUGAAAGCGAUUGUACUAUAAAUAAUAAUGAAAACAAUGUAAAAUGUCCAUUAACUUUUGAUACAUUAUAUAAAUCAAUACCAAAUGAUAUUUUAGAAAAGAUUAAAGAUUUUAAAGUUAAAUAUGCAUUUAUUACUAGAGGAACUACAAGUAUUAGUAAAAUUUCAACAAGUAAACAAAAAAUAUUUAAAACACCAGUAUCAUUAGAAUUUGCAAUUCAAUUUUUAGCAGAAUCUUCAGUUAACGAUUCAACACUUGUAUUUACAAAUGAAGAUUCUCUUAUCUUUGCGGGUGGUGUUUUUUUGGAUUUAGAAAUUUUUGAUGAAAGUGAUUAA